CACAAUGCAUGCUGGGUAAGUGGGUGUGAACAGCGAUGGUACAACUGGUUGGGAAUGAGUUUGGGGAACUGAGCGGCGUGCUGACACAGAGCAGAUCAUGGCAGCAGCAGAGUCCAGCCCUCUGACCACUCAUGUGCUGAACACUGGAGACGGCGUCCCCGCGGCGAGGAUGGCCCUCAGCCUGCACCGGCUCGACUCCAACAUGAUGAUCUGGAGCAUGCUGAGUGUCGGGACAACAAAUGAAGAUGGCCGCUGCCCAGGACUCAUCAGCCGAGAAGAGUUCGGCCCCGGCAUGUACAAGCUGCGCUUUGAGACGGGUUUAUACUGGGAGAGUCUGGGUCACACUCCCUUUUACCCGUAUGUAGAGAUUGUGUUCACCAUCAGUGACCCGGAGCAGAGGUUCCACCUCCCUCUGCUGAUGAGUCGGUUCUCCUACAGCACCUACAGAGGAAGCUGAGUGGACGAAGAGCUGCAGCUUCAACACUCUGAUGGAGACAGAGUAGAUUUUAUUACUUGGGUUUACCCAGUAUAUAAUUUUUUUGUUUUUGGCACGUUUUUGUUACAUUUGCUGAAUGUUGUGCUUUAUAUACUGUGUGAUUGUGUUUAAAUGUACAUUUAAAGUGAUAGUUGGGUCAUCUAUAGCAGUUCCGUGACCGUGGAGAGCGAAGGUUGGUUUCUCACUGGACCUGUCAUCUAUAAGGGUUAAAUAAGAAAUUGAGCCGGGGUGCCCCUCUCAAAAAUGUGGGGAAAAUUUUUGAGUGCCCUUAAUCCAAAAUGGCUACCGUCAGCCAAGCUGGAAAUAUCUUUUUAAUGGUUUGGACCACAGUACUGCAUAAUAGAUGGUUUCUGAGACUAUUUGGGUCAAGAAAUUCAUAAGUGAUGUAAAUUUAUUGAUUUGGGUUGAUCAUCAUCACAUGACAUCAUCACCUGACAACACACAUGACAUCAUCACUACCUGACAUCAUCACCACCUGACAUCAGCAUCACAUGACAUCAUCACCUGACAUCAUCACAUGACAUCAUUAUCACAUGACAUCAAACAUGACAUCAUCACCUGUGACGACCCCUCCCACUCUGCCUAUGACUGACUCCUUUCUUAUCUACAUACACCACUCAUUUGUAAAUAAGUUAAUUAAAUUAUGUUAAAUAAAAUGAGUUUUUCAUGCUCAAUCUGUGUGUGACCUCCCUCCUUGUUACCACCUUAGAGCCAGGUGGGAACAAUCCUGACAUCAUCAUCACAUGACAUCACCACCUGACAUCAUCACAUGACAUCAUCACCUGACAUAAUCACCUGAUAUCAUCAUCACCUGACAUCAUCACCUGGCAUCACACAUGGCAUCAUCACCUGACAACACACAUGACAUCAUCACCACAUGACAUCAUCACCUGACAUCAUCACAUGACAUCAUUAUCACAUGACAUCACACAUGACAUCAUCACCUGUGACGACCCCUCCCACUCUGCCUACUUGUUAUUUCUGCUUUUGUUGCAGGUACUGGGAGUGGUUAGGAGGGUAGAGUGGGAGGGUUGUGAUUGUAACUGCCCAUGUGGGAUGGGCUCUCCAGACGGCAUAAAGG